AUGGUUAUCUGUAGAGAUUGGGGAAACGGCUAUUGCCGAUACUUCAACGACUGCAAGUUCAAACAUCCAAUUAGGAUCGACGAGAAUCGUGACCCGCCCAAAGGUCGACGCCACAGAAAGCUGAAGAACGAGCGGGAAAUCGCUUCCAAGAAACAAGGAAGCACGAACGAGGUUGAUUCAGCAGAGCAACUGACCGAGCUAACCAACUCAGACGCGCCUUCGUCUGGUCGAUUGAAAGGCGCACUAACAAAGGCUCUGGCACAAAGUAAAGAGCAGACAAGCACCUUGGUCGGUGCCAUGGCACAAAGCGACAGGCAAACGAAGAUUAUUGAAGCACAGUCGAAGAUUAACCAGCGAUUGCAGCGGGACAACAAGCGUCUGGAGAAGAACCUUCUGAACGCGAGAUAUCGACAGCAGUACCCUCAAAUCGAGGCCAUGGACGAACUGGAACUACAUAUGCAAAAGCUUGACUUGCACAACAGUACAGAGCCUUCAGACAGCCGCGAGGAUGAGCUCAUCUCUUCUCACGUUGCCCUUGAAGUUCUCUGGGAACUGCUGGACAAUGCAUUUCUCAACACAAAAGUGAUGUCUAUACAUUCACUCCCAGGGUUUGAGCAGAAGCAUCCGGUCGAGAUAUUAGAUGCUAUUUGUAGGCAGGGGGACCGAUUGGUAGUCGAAGGCAUCCAGGGAUAUUUGGAGGACCGCAUGUGCGACAAGUACGAAGACAGAAACCUCGCAGGCACGUGGACGUUUUGA